CACCAAGUGGGCUUGAUACAGUUAAAGUUAAACAAAAAAGAGAUGCCACCUGGAUUGUGGUUAUUAUAUUAAGCAUCACUUCAUCUGCUACUAUUGCUUAUGGCAUCUACCGAAGAAGAAGGCACCGUUAGAAAAUUUGGAAUCAGAAGGUGCAUCGUAUGCCGACAAUUCUAUUUCAUUCCUUUAUGGGUGUAAUUUUGAAUCCAUAUUUACAGAGCGGUUGGCAGCUUUUGAUCAUGGAUCUGAACAUAAAAGCCACAAGAACAGUUGUCAUUUGUAAUUCAGUGCAGCACCAUUGCAAUUCGAUACAAAGGUAUUAUUGGAAAAGGCUUCAACAUAUCAACGGAUUUAAAGGAAAAAGCUUCAGCAUAUCGGUGGAUUCAAAUUUUAAGAUUCAAAUAGAGUGUCUUCCUUCUAGCGGAACUCUAAUUUACUCGGUGGCACGGUCACUUCCACACCGUCCGGUGCGUGCACUGUCACCUCGUACACGGCAUUCGCCUCCUUCCUGACAUUUCUUACGCUUCGUUUAUACUUCACAACGCUUUUAAAGCCGGAGAAGGCAACCGAGAACGACGGGUAGUUCAAAUCUCCCGGAGAAGGCAACCGAGAACUCUAAUAUUGUUUUAUUCGUCAACUUACAUAGUAUACAUAAUUUUAUUUUGGAUUGUUCAAUUAUAAAGUAAUUUAUUUUAAAGUAAAUGUGGAUUUUAUCCCACAUGAUAUAUAGUCAUAUACCCUAAUUAUAUUUUUUAAUCUAAAACUAUUUUUAUUAUAUGAUAAAUAUUUUUAUUAAUAUAUUUUUAAUUAUUUACUAAUUAUAUUUCUUUAAAUUCUCAUAUUUACGGUAAAAAAACCACGAUAGUCGGGAUGAAGGGAGUAAUAAAAUAGAGGCAUUGUAUCUACACAUUGUGAAAGAGUUAGAGUGUGAAUAUGUGAACAAAAACACAAUUGGUCUUCAGUGGCCA